AUGGAAGAUACCAAGAUUAGCAGUAAACCUGUUAAAGUUGCAAUUCGUAACUUCGACGAUACCAUCGUGGACGUCACCUUAACUUAUCCAAACUCACCCGCAAAUUUCUAUUUUGAAAAGAUUAUCGAUGAAUGUAGUGCAAAUUGGAAGAAAUUGGGCAGGAAGUUAAACAUUGAUCAUAACCAAUUGGAAAUUAUCGACGUAAACAAUCGUUGUAAUGUUACACAGCAAUGUACAUUAAUGUUGCAGUCACAUUAUCAAAGGAGCGGUAGCAGCUUUACUAAAUUAGAGCUUAUUAAAGCGCUCUAUCUGGCUGGUUGCCGUGCCACAGCCGAAAAAAUUCAAUCAAUGCCUCCCUGUAAAACUGUAGCAAUAUCUGCAAAUACAAAUGAUAGCUGUCAAGAUCGUUCUAUGGUUGAUAGUGUCAGAGAUCAAGAUAUUAGCGAAUAUUUUUUUGUUGUUGCUCAAGAACUCAAGUCUGAUUGGACUAAACUAGCUGACAUGCUAGAUCAAAGUAAAGAAAUUGACAUAACAAGAAUUCAAGAUGAAAAUGAGACCGACUUUGAUAGAACACAUGCAUUCUUAGAAAAGUGGAAAGAAAUUUACAAGGAUGAGGCUACGAAAAGACGAUUAAAGGCUGCUUUACAAGCCAUAAGAAGACCAGAAAUUGCCAGCAUGAUCGAUAAGCAAAAAGAUGAUCAUCAAAACAUAAAUGGCCGUCUAUUAGCGAACAAUAAGUCUAGAACUAGUAAUAAUCCUAUUCAAACUACAGAUUCAACUGCAAGUAAAGUAAAUGACACACAAGGAGCCACGAAUAAUUAUAAUCCUAUUGGAACAAGAGACGCAACUAAAAGUAGAGCCGAGUUGCGGACAAAGCUAUCAAAUCAACAUUUUAGAAAGGCUUUAGAAUAUUACUGGAAAACUUUUAUUGACCGUGUUCCAGCUGAGGAUAGUAAUUUCUUGAAUAAUUUAAGGCAAAGAGGAAUUUUAAGUGAUCGACAAAUUACCGAGAUUGAACACACUAUCCAUAAAUCUGAUAAAUCGCAGAAGAUAUACGACAUCUUAUCUGUCGAGCGUGACGUUGAAGAUUUCAUACGAUUUUGUCAAGCACUUGGAGAGUAUAGCGCUAGUUCCGUUCAAAACUUCGCAAAGGAUUUAGAAUUAAAAGCAUACGGGUAUACAGAUCGGAAACUUGCGAAGUAA